AUGGAAAAUGGGCUUGGGGGUCUGGUUUUGAUAAGCCCGAAGGCAAGAAAAGGCCCAACUGGCCCAAUGGGGGCAGACCUGGCCACCAGGCCAAACGGCCCAACUAAACCACAGGGGGCCGACCGGCCCAUCCAAUUCACUGGCCCAAAGGGGGCGGAUUGGCCCACCAGGCCCAGAUCUCCCUUCCCACUUCCCUGCCUCCCUAGGGUAGGUGAUUCGAUACUGUUGAGCCCGAAGGCAGAUUCCGAUUGCGCAGCAGAGGCAAUCGUCGCAGGGGCAAACCCCUCUCCCGCCAGCGACGGCCGACCCGCGGCGUUUACCGGCGAGUGUAGGCCGUUCCCGAGCUCAGUGGCCUCUCGCACCACACCGCAAGCAGAGGUAAAGCAAAUCGAUUCGUGCUUACCUGAAUCAAAGUCGGGAGCCGCCUCCUGA